ACUCACUUGUGGCGAUCAGGCGUUUCUGGCCCUCUAGAGGAGGAUCCUCCUGGUGGAGAUCUGCAGCCAGGUGCUUUUGUGUCUACCUCCCUCCCAGAAUUGCUUCAGGAUCGGGAGAAGUUUUUUCUUCGUUCCACUAUUUAUUUAGGAAAUUUGUCGUUGAGCCCAUCUCCCUCUUGAGGAAGGCCCACAGGUUCUCUAUUGGGUUCACAUCAGAGAGGGUGCACACUGUGCAGAGAUGGCCAUGGUAUGCCUGAAUGACUUUGAGGAGUAUGCCAAAGGGCACCUGUCCAAGGCUGUCUGGGACUACUAUGCUGCUGGGGCAGAUGAGUGCUGUACUCGGGAUGACAACUUGAUGGCGUUUAAACGAAUCCGUCUGCGGCCUCGGAUUCUGCGUGAUGUGUCGGCAUGUGACACCCGGACUACAGUGCAGGGCACCGAGAUCAGUUUCCCCGUGGGAAUUGCACCUACUGCCUUCCACUGUCUGGCCUGGCAUGAGGGUGAGACAGCCACUGCCAGAGCCACGGAGGCAGUGAAUACCUGCUACAUCGCCAGCACCUACUCCACCUGUUCUGUGGAGGAGAUUGCAGCAGCAGCACCGGCAGGCUACCGCUGGUUCCAACUCUACGUGUACCGCAACCGCAAGGUGUCGGAGCAGAUCGUGCACCGUGUGGAGUCAUUGGGCUACCAGGCUCUGGUUCUCACUGUGGAUGUACCGUACACUGGCAAACGCCGUGACGACAUCCGCAACCAGUUCAAGCUCCCACCACACCUGCGUGUCAAGAACUUCGAUGGUGUCUUUGAGGAAAACGCCGGUCUUGAGGAAUAUGGUGUGCCGGCUAACACACUGGACCCAUCCAUCACCUGGAAAGAGAUCUAUUGGCUGAGGUCGCUGACACGUCUGCCCAUCAUCAUCAAGGGCAUCCUUACAAAGGAGGAUGCAGAGCUGGCUGUGGAGCACGGCGUUCAGGGUAUCAUAGUGUCCAACCACGGUGGACGGCAGUUGGAUGGUGACCCUGCCACAAUAGAUGCACUCUCAGAGAUCGUGGACACGGUGCAGGGCAGAAUCGAGGUGUACUUGGACGGAGGCAUCCGCACAGGCAGUGAUGUGCUGAAGGCCUUGGCUCUUGGAGCUAAAUGUGUCUUCAUCGGCCGACCAGCUGUGUGGGGUUUGGCAUACAAGGGUGAGGACGGGGUGAGGGAGGUCUUGCAGAUCCUUAAUGACGAGUUCCGGCUGUGCAUGGCUCUUGCUGGUUGCAGGAACGUCUCUGAAAUUAACAGGAACCUCAUUCAGUUCUCGAAACUCUGACUUCUGACAGCAGGGGGAUCGACAGGGCGAGUCACGCCAACUUUUAUACACAUCCAGAAAUUCAUAUACUGUCAUCCAGGACUUUAAAGUAGUAAUGUUUAAAUUAAUAUUCAAGGCUAUCAGAAGAAUGCCCAUCACAUGAUGUAAAGCAGACAUGGUUUCAGGCCUGUGGUAUCUACAUAUAACUGUCAUCAUGAGCCUUUCCAUUAAAUCAAAUUAUUCUGUAAAAAAUUGUUACUUUUUCUUCAAGGCAUCCUUACUUCAAGGAAUCUUAAAAAGGCAGACUGUGUGAUACUCAUUUGAUUUCUUAAUAUUGACGGGCCUCCCAGUAUAGUAUCAGCAAGUGAGGGUAACGGCACCUGAAAGCCUGUCUGCUGUAGCAGGAUGUAGCUGAGGGUACAGGGAGUGGUAUGUGUAGGUGGUCUGAAGGCAAGGGGUGGUGGGUGGGGUGGUCCUCACCAGGAGAAUAUCUCUAGAUGGUCUUCAUGUUUGUCUGAAAAUGUGAAAAAGUCCGGUGAUUUGAAAGCAACAAGAGCAACAAGUAUGAUGAAGGACCUUACCACACUGGCGAUACUACAGCAGCAUUCCUGGGUCAAUUUUGGACCUUUUAUGGUAAAAAAAAAAUUGGCUGAAGGGUGUGACAGAAUCCUUGUUUCAUCUCAGGGAAGCACUGACAACCAAGUUGCACAAGGCACAACUAAACUAGACCUAAACCUUAAUGUAAUCCCAUUUUAACCAAUUAAAGGAGAUAUUUAUGAACAAAA